GCUGCGAUAACACAAAACAUUGUUGACGACAGUUCCUUGAACAUCAUAAACGCCGGAAAAACAGCGAGGACAACGGGGUUCUCACCGAGGGUCGACGGCGUCGUGGACGGAGCUGUCUACAACACCAAGCCUUUCAUAGGCAUUUUGUCGAGCACUCGCAAGGCAUGCGCAGCGCGGGGCUGCAGGGGGUGGCGCCAUGGGGAGGGAAUAGUAGGGCUGCUGCUGGGGAAUGCCCAUGGGAGGAGGGGCUGGAACUUGGGCGCCGGCCAUGGAAGUCGCAGGUGGCGCCAUGGGAGGCUGGGGACGCUGCUGCUCGAUUGCAGGGAGCAAGCGAAGGCGGAGUCUUGGUCAGCAUCCAUUGAAGGGGGAGUGGAGACUCACGCCCGUGGAGCAGGGAAGUGAAGAACGCCAUGGCUGGGGCGUGUGGAGCAGGGAGGCGAGGAUCUGGGCGUUCCCUGGCCGGGCAGGGAAGAGCAGGGGAGGCAGACGCCAUGGAAGGGGGCGAGCAGAGCUGCUGGCUGCUGAUGGCCGGAGAGCAAGAGGACGACGGUUGGGGAAAAUGGCAGCCAGGGGGAGCUCACAGCCGUGGAAAAAUCAUAGGGCAGAGAGGAGCUCGCCCAUGCCCGAGGACAGGCGCCAUGGGGAAACUCGAGCUUGCAGGGAGGGGCACCACGAUCUGCUGCCGUGUGCGCGCUGGAGCUUGGGGAAGGGAGAUGCCAUGGCGGCAACAGAGGGCAUCGGCCAAGCCUUGCCGCACUCCUGCGCGCAGCUGGUUUCCAUGCGAGGACGAGCGCUAGUGAAGACAGCAAGGGGAGGAAGAAGACAGCGUGGGGAGGAGGAAGAGAGUGGCGGCUGAAAUUUUUUUGAGGGGUGGGAGUGCAAAAUUGCCAAGUGCAAGGGGAGAGGGAACCUAUUUAUAGACAUGGGCUAGGGUUAGGGUUUCUUAAUGGGCCUAAUGGGCUAGAAUGGGCCUGGCCCAAAACGCUAAAUCGUGCCGCGCUAAUUUAUUUUCCGGAAUAAAAAUGCUCUCGCGGAAUUCGUCGCUACGGAGAAACAGAGCGAAAAGAGUUCGGACGAACGGAAGGUUGAGCGAUUAAUUCGACCGAGAGUUAGAUUUGAAUUUGCUCGAAAAUAACUCCCUACAUGUGAUUUGAAAAUAAAUCGUCUUGAGAUACGGCCGGCUUUCGGAUUUUUGAUUGAAGGAGACAAACCGCGAUAUUUAAAAAUCGUCGCCGAUGUUGAUUUUUUUUAAAUCGGAUUGGAUACCGAGAUAUUAAGACGAAUCGGAUAAGAAAUUAUUUGAGGACAACCCAUUGGAGAUUCCGCUUUUGAAAUUUUCUCGCGCACUAUUUUAGAAAUAAAUGUUUCUCUCAAAUUUUGAUCGGCUUUGGAUUUUUAGUCGGAGAAGGCGAAUCGUGACAUUUUAAAAUUGCUGCCAGAGUGGGUUUUGAAUUCGGUUUAGACACAAAGAUACUAGGCUGAGUCGAGUAAGAAUUUAUUAGAGGACGAUAUACUGAGUAUUCCGUCUGAGAGUACGGACCCGGAUUAAAAUAGUCGGACAUCGAUCGAGGUUCGAGGAAUUAGACUCGGGCUCAGAUCAAAUAACAGUUGUCGGGAGCUUGAUUUAAAGAGCUUCAGAUGAGAUUUAUAAAUCAAGAUUGACCAUCGAGUUUGCAUUCGUUCCGCGAAUAAAAGUUUUAACACGCUCCAAAAUUGGUUGUUUCUCGCGAUCGAAUAACUCCGAAUUCGGUGAACUUCCAUGAGAAAGCCUGAUAGACAGAGAUAGACACGAUCGAGAAAUAGAAAUUUUCACUGAGCAUUCAAGAUUAGGAUAAUUCUUCCGACAUAACCCAAAUUAGACACCUGGGGUGUCACAGCCUUCCCCCCUUAAAAGAAUCUCGUCCCGAGAUUCGAAUGAGGAUCUUCAAGGGUGGAGAAGCAUGUAACUCCCAGACUGAAGAUAGAUGCAAAUUGAUGAGAGGGUAUCUGACAAGAUACUGAAGACAGAUUUGGAUAGAAUAUCGCGACAUAUCGAGACAAAAUGCAGCGAUCAUUCUGAGAGAGGGUCCACAAAUGAUGGCACAUCAGUAUAGUCUCGUAAUGGAUCACAACUAUUAACCACGAUACCAGCGCGUGCCGAGCAGCUCAACCAUGUGUGCACCAUAGUAGGCUCUCGGUCUCGUCGCGGCACCAUCAGUCGUUAGUCAUGACAUCAUUACCAAACGCAACCAAUAAGAAAUUCACAUAGCACAGAUGGAUGGAGCCCAAGAGAGUAUGGCUCAGAAAAUAAGAAUGCGACCAGAGUUGAAGCAAGGGUUGCUGACAAAAAGAGCGUCACAUGAGAAUUUUCUUCAACUCAGAGAACUAUUUUAUGAUCAUCACGGGGAUUAUCAGCCAAAGAUUGAUACGAUAUUUAAUAUGAGGAUGAACCAACCAUGAAAUCGAGAUUGAUAAGCUUGUUGAGACAUGAGAGAACUAAAGUCAAUAGCAUAAUCCAUUGAACCAAAUGGAUACACUGCUUAGAGAUAGAAUCGAUAAAAUGGCGUCAUGAUUCUUGGAGGAAGAGCAUGAGAUCGACCAGAAUUGAGAGAUUUAGGUAAGAUCAACAUCCGAUGCUUGGGAACGGGUUAUAGGAGAUAACCAGAUAAUAGGGCAGAUUCAUAGGGGAUCCCGAGAUUCGGAUGAUAAGGCCACAACACGAUU